CUGGGUAGAAAGAUCAUGCCCCCUCGGAAACCAGGAGAGGCCCCAGAUGCCCCAGCCGCCCCAGAUGCCCCAGCCGCCGCAGGCGCCCCCGCCCCCGCAGGCGCCCCAGCCGCCCCAGGUGCCCCAGCCGCCGCAGGCGCCCCAGCCGCCCCAGGUGCCCCAGCCGCUGCAGGCGCGCCAGGCGCCGCAAAUGUCCCACCUGGGGAGGAACAAAAGCUUCCAGAGCCUACACAAACAGCUGAAGAAGUAGCUUUUUAUGCCCCGAGUUACCUAUGUCUGACCAUCCUGGCCAUAAUUUGUUUCUUUCCCCUGGGAUUUCUAGCUAUGUACUUCAGUUACAAGACCACGAAGGCUAACCAGGAAAGCAAUUGGGAAGAAGCUUACAUCAACUCAGGCCGAACUGGUUGGCUGGAUGUAUUUGCCAUACUCAUCGGUUUAAGCCUCCUUUAUUACUACGCUCUGUUUGUGUGAAGACCAGGCCCAGUGUCCCCCGGGUCCACCCCCAACAGGACCUGCCACCAAGACACUAACAAGCCAAAUCAGCCACCAUGCAAGAAACCAACAACUGAGACAUCCCUAACCUGGAAAGCCACCAGCCAAGGAACUCAACAUCCAAGCAGUCCACUAGCUCAGGAAAACCAUACUACUACGUCCCCGUGGCCUCCAGAGCUGACGUCAUUCAUGUUGGGGGUCCUCAUUUUCAUGCCCUUUAUGCUCUUAGCUCCUUGAUACUGGGCUGCUCUUUCAGAAGAAAAAAAAAAGAAUUAUUUAAACCAAUAAAAUUGAAGGGAAUGUC